AUGCGAAUGUUUGUGUUUCCCAAUUUGAUAGAGGACACUUCAGAAGCGUGUGCUGGUGGUCAGUACCUUGACCAGGAAACAGGUUGUUUAAACUGUGCUGAUAAUAAAUGGAGUUCAGGAGAUACAACUACAAAAUGUACCCCAUGUCCGGAGAAAACAGGAGGAGUAGCUGCAGGCGAAGGAACCAAGGAAGACGACUGCAAAUCACUCUGUGAUAAUUUCGAUGAAAUGAUGAAAAUAACCGGACCAGAACCGCCACUACCGCAAAUGUUAACACUAUUCGUGCUUUUUCUGUACUUCCCUAUCUGCUCGACGCAAGUCCUGUGGUAUCCUUCCGGUUCUGUCUUGAAAUGGGAGGGCCACUGGGGAACGUGGGCUACAAGCUUCUCAACCUGCCAAAAUGGUGGGUUUGUGACCAAGUUCAAACAGAAAGUGCAAGGAUCCCAAGGGCAAGGCAUCUCAGACGAUGAUACUGCACUAAACGGUAUUUGUCUCUCCUGCAACACUGGUGAUGAAGCUUGCAGUGACUCUGGAGAUUGGGGUGAAUGGGGAUUAUAUAGCGACACCUGUCUUUCUGGAUUCAACGCUGCAGAUUUCAAGCUUGAAGGCCCGCGGACAUACGACGACACUGCUGGUAACGCUUUAAAGUUAUAUUGCAGUAGCAGUGGUAAUGAUCCUUACAAGGUUGGUGGUGGUAGAUGGGGUAAUUACCAGGGCAAACUCUCGUGUCCAGCAGAUCAAGUCAUUUGUGGAAUUAAAACCAGGAUCGAGGGAAAUCAAAAUGGUGGGGAUGAUAACACGGCUCUCAAUGGUGUUUCGCUUCAGUGUUGUGAAAAACCAGAAUCAUGUGCUGCAGGACAGUUCCUUCAUCAGAGUAACGGUUGUGUAAACUGUCCGGCUGAUAAGUGGAGUGUUGCUGGAAAUACUAGUCCAUCUUGUACAGCUUGUCCACAAGGAAAAGGUGUGUCAGCUGGACAGGGAAAACAAGAAAAUGACUGCACAUGGAAAUCGUGUGCUGGUGGUCAGUACCUUGACCAGGUAGCAGGUUGUUUAGACUGUGCAGAGAAUGAGUGGAGUUCAGGAGAUACAACUACAAAAUGUACCCCAUGUCCGGAGAAAACAGGAGGAGUAGCUGCAGGCGAAGGAACCAAGGAAGACGACUGCAAAUCACUCUGUGAUAAUUUCGAUGAAAUGAUGAAAAUAACCGGACCAGAACCGCCACUACCGGUGACUGAAGGAUCACACGUCACUUUCAAAUUAUCCACUAGUAUCCAGAUCUAA